GUAGUUCCAAGCCUUGGGUGGUUUUAUUUGUGCAUUUAACCAACUGACUAUAAAUCAUUAUUAUUAGGACUUCCUCUUUGAGUUUGGCUAUUUUGCCUGAACCACUCACUGAACUCAGAGAAGUAGGCUUAUCGGGUUAUUAUAAAAGGAAAUUAGAAAACAUACAGAUAGAGAUGCAUAGUAGAAGGUGUGGGGUAGAGGUGUGGAGCUUCUACAACCCUCCAGAAGUUUUUACAUGUUUAUCUGUCUGAGAGCUCCUGGAACCCUGCCCAUUGGUUGGUUGGUUUGUUUUUCCAUUGUAUAGGCUUAAUUGCUAGUAAGUUGGGUGGAAAAACCCAGCAAGUCUGUGUGUAAAGACUUUCUUCCUCUAAAAAAUGGAGCGGGCUCCCUCUGCAAAAACUUUUACGACUGUUGAUCCUACAGGAGAAGAACAGAUAGGAGUCUUCAUAUAUGCCCAGUAGCAAGACAGAAAGGCAGGAGAAGCUGGUAUGGUGAUGCAUUCCUGGAAUCCUAGCACUUACAGGAAGAGUGCUCCCUUGAGUUCAAGGUCAGCCUUAGCCACAUGCAGCUCUUGGCUAACCUUAGUUACAGUGUGAAACCCUGUCUCAGCAAAGAAGCAAGGAAGAAAGGAAAGAAGAGAGAGGGAGGGAGUUAGAGAAAAAAGAGGAGAUGGAGGAAAGAAAGGCAGGGAAAAUUAGAAUUUCUGUUAGAGUUCCUAUGACUCAUCUCAGGAAAGGAAAAGUUUGGUUUUGAUGGCCUGCCUUGGGGAAGGAGCUAUGAGCCAAGAACCAGCCUCUGCUGUGAAUUCUGGAACAAUGUGGACCUUGGUACUAUGGGUGUUCCCUCUGCUCUGCAAAUUCAGCCUGGCAGUCCCGCCAGCUAAGCCAGAGAACAUUUCCUGCAUCUUAUACGUUAACAGAAAUAUGACUUGCACUUGGAGUCCAGAGAAGGAAAACAGUGGCACCAACUACACCGUGAGGAUGACUUACUCCUAUGGGAAUCGCAAUUGCACUGCUUAUACUGCAGUGGCUUCCUGCUCUUUCCUGCCCAACUGCACAAUACCCCCAGAUAACUGCAGUGUGGAGGUCGAAGCUCAGAAUGCAGGUGGUAAAGUGAAAUCCGACAUCACGUUUUGGUAUUUAGACUCCAUAGUGAAAACUGAACCACCUGUGAUUUUAAGUGUGAAUCCAAUUUCAAAUCGAAUGCUCCAGAUACAGUGGAAACCCCGUGAAAGGCUUCGUUUUUAUUAUUUUAAGUGCACACUUCGGUUCAGGACUGUCAACAGUACCCACUGGACAGAAGUCCAUUUCGAGAGUCGUGACUGGGUCUACAACCUCACAGGGCUUCAGGCUUUCACAGACUAUGCCAUAGCCCUGCAGUUCAGGACCGACAAGUCAAGAUACUGGAGCAACUGGAGCGAAGAAGAAACCGGAACGACUAUGGAGGAAGUUCCACAUGUCCUGGACCUGUGGAGAGUCCUGGGACCAGCAGACAUGAACGGAAACAGGAAAGUGCUGUUGCUGUGGCAGAAAGCAAGAGGAGCCCCAGUCUUGGAGAAGACACUUGGCUACAACAUACAGUACUUUCCAGAAAACAGCACUAACUUCACGGAGAUAAACAACAUCACCACCCAGCAGUAUGAGCUGCUUCUGAGGGGCCAAGCACACUGUGUGUCUGUGACUGCUUUUAAUUCUCUUGGGGAGUCCCAAGAGGCUGUCCUGAGGAUCCCGGCUGUUGGUGAGGAGGCCUUCCGGUGCAUCGAGGCUGUGCAGGCCCACGUUGCUGGGUCCCUGCUGGUGGUGGAGUGGCACAGCUUCAGUGCCAAGGUGGGCACGUGGAUGGUGGAGUGGCUUCCGGAAACAGCAGGCUCCACGUUCCCCACUCGUUGCUGGCAAUCCGUGUCUCAGGCCACGAACUGGACCAUUGAGCAAGACAAAUUAAAACCUUUCUUGUGCUAUAACAUAUCAGUGUAUCCAGUGUCGGGACACCAUGUGGGGGAGCCGUAUUCAAUCCAAGCUUAUGCCAAAGAAAAAGCUCCAUUAAGUGGUCCUGAGACCAGAGUGGAAAGCAUUGGUCUGAAGACUGCCACAAUUGCAUGGAAAGAGAUUCCCAAAGGCUUUAGAAAUGGAUUCAUCAACAAUUACACGAUAUUUUGCCAAGCUGAAGGUGGAAAAGAAUUCUCUGUGACAGUUAACUCCCGUGUCCUGCAGUAUGACCUGGAAUCUCUGACACGGAGGACCUCUUACGCUGUCUGGGUCAUGGCCAGCACCAGAGCUGGGGGCACCAACGGGAAGACAAUAAACUUCAAGACCUCCUCAGUCAGUAUCUUUGAAAUUAUCCUUCUAACAUCUCUAGUCGGAGGAGGCCUUCUUCUGCUUAGCAUCAAAACAGUGACUUUUGGUCUCAAAAAGCCAAACCACUUGACUCGUCUUUGUUGUCCUGAUGUUCCCAACCCUGCUGAAAGUAGUUUAGCCACAUGGCUCGGAGGUGAUUUCAAGGGCAAAUCAAGUCUGAAGGAGUCCAAAAACUCUGGGAACACAGAAGACAGGGUCCUAAAACCAUGUUCUGUCCCCGCUGACCUCAUUGACAAGCUGGUAGUCAACUUUGAGAAUUUUCUGCAAGUAGUUCCCACAGAGGAAGCUGGAAAGGGUCAGGAGAACGUUUUGGGAGGAGUGAAUGAGUAUGUGACCUCCCCGUCUAGGCCCGACUGUCCCCCGGAGGAGACAACUUUUAAGGAGCCCUCUGUUUUAACCGAGGUUGCUUCUGGAGACUCCCACAGUCAGUGUUUAGAAACGGAGGAAGAGACAUACUCAAAAUCUGACAAGCAACUUCUGUUUUCUGGUCAGAGCCUGGAACAAGAGCCUCCCCGUGAGGAGCAAGCUCUGACUCCAUACCUGAAAAAUUCGCUGUCAACCAGGGAGUUUCUUGUGCAUAAAAAUGUCCCAGAGCACAACAAGGAGAGAUCUAAGUGCCCUGUGGUGUGAGGACCACGGAAAUUGAACGGACCGCCCCCUCGUAGAGACUGAGCCUUCCAGAAGCUUCCUUCAGCCCCUUCCUGUUCAUUUUGCUGCUCAGCUGCCAGGAACUUUGUGACACAGACGUCGACUUAGGCCAGGAAGAACAGAGUUACUUUCCUCCGAGCACUCUGACUGAGGCGCCUUGAGAUGAUGCUUUCAAGAGAAGGGCCGAGCUUAAUGGACCCCUGGGUGGACACAACUGAU